CUUAUUCAUAUCCCUUGCUACAACCGUUGCUGCCGUUGACAGAGCACUCUACGCCCGUAUUUCGCGUAAUCUUAUCGAAAUGUGCCCAAUGUUGAAUGUAAUUUGUGUAUUCGAUCAGUGAAUUUUAAAUAUUCAUACAAGUCAGCCGAAUUAAGUGUAUUGUCUGCGUUCUAGCUCUGCGCUAUGAAAACGAACAGACAAGCCAGUGUUUUUGUACUUUUUGUGUCGGUGGUCGAAGAGCGGCUUCGGUGCAGGGUUACCUUUACCAUGUGCGUCAGGUAGUGUUUUGCUCGUAUUAGUUUGUCCACAAACUAAUAAUGUUGGCGCGUAGAUACAGUGGCGAGCACUGAGUGAGUGAGUGGUGUUUUGGUGAUUCAUAGUGCGUUGUGAGGAUAUGAAGGUGACGGUGUGCUUUGGGGCUGUGCGGGUGCUGGUGCCUUGCGGCGCCGGCGACCUGCUGGUCCGGGACCUGGUGCGGGAAGCCACUCAUCGCUUCAAGAAAGCCACGGGACAGGGCCCCGAAACAUGGGUGGGAGUGAGAGCGCUGCGCGCCAGCUCCGGCGGCAUCCUGGACCCGGACGACCGCGUGCGCGACGUGGCGGACGACCGCGAGACGCUCACCGCCGAGUGCGCAGCCCAGGCGCCGGCGCCGCGGGCGGCGCAGGCGGACGGCGCCAGCGGCUCCAGCGCGGGUACCGCGUCCCCGGACAUGUUCCGAGGCGGCGGUGGCGUCGGCGUCGGCGGCAGUAUGCGUGUGCCCAACUCCGAGUCGUGCGUGGAGGUGGGCGCGGGCGACCUCGAGGACGGCGCUAACGGGCUGCAAGUCCGGCGCGGCAGCGAACCCACCCUGCACCAGGACACCUUACCUCCACAACGAACGGCCACAGAGCAGACGAAACGCUGGUCAGCAGCGGUAGUCUGCCGGGACGACAACAGAACAACACAGAAAGUGCAUCCUUUGCCGGAUGGUCGACCACCAGACCCUGACAGACUCAAUCCCGGAAACUUCCAGCGACAAACCAAUAGGCUCUCCAUGCAGUUCUCCGGACCUGGGAGUGGAGUAUGGCUAGACGCAGCCGACAGAGUGCAGAGCUACGGCAGCAAGAGCUUACCCCGCGACGCGAGAAGAGAACCCCUCGGCCAGGACACGUCGGGCGACACCCACCGAGUCGAAGACAUGUUGCGGUGGGUGUCCGGAGUCAACAACGUCGCCAGCGUGCAUCCGCAGGAGCGCCCACUUGAUCUCUUACCUGAGGUGGGCAGCACGGAGCGAGCGAUAUCCGGCCAAGAAGUCCCAGUGAGCCCGAGCAGCAAGCCUGCGACGGCGAUGCAAAACGUAUCCGUCACGCUUGUGAAAGGCGAGAAGGGAUUAGGCUUCACCAUCACCACCAGAGACAAUCCUACGGGCGGACACUGUCCUAUCUACAUUAAGAAUAUUCUUCCUAAGGGCGCGGCGGUGACGGACGGGCGGCUGCGCGCCGGCGACCGCCUGGUGUGCGUCAACAACGCGGCGGUGGCGGGGCUGUCGCAGCAGCAGGUGGUGGCUCUGCUGCGCAACACGCCCACAGACUCCACCGUCGACAUCGUGGUGCAGCGGCCCGUCAGCAGAACGCAGAGGGUUGAGCCCCAACAGAGUCCACAAAAAUACUCAGAAAAGGCAAUAGGCACGCCCAACGGCCAUUCCAAACCGGUGGACGUCGGUGAGAACGGCCGAGUGUCCAGUAUAGUGAACGCCAUCAACCAGGGAUCGGCGCGGGGCAGGAUACCCAAGAGCUCCUCUAAAGACGACCUGAUCAAAGACCAGGACAGUUCGCUGCAGGAAGCUUUGAAUUCUAGCUCUAACUCUAUCCUUAGUUUAAGAAAUCGUCUGAUCCUUCGGCUAGACGUACCGGUGCACGACUCCGAGAAGGCCGGGCUGGGCAUCAGCGUCAAAGGCAAGGUCACCGUGGGCACGGACCCUCAGGACCUCGGCAUCUUCAUCAAGUCAGUGCUGCAUGGUGGCGCCGCUUCGCGAGAUGGCAGAUUACACACGAACGACCAGCUGCUGAGCGUGAACGGCGUGUCCCUGGUGGGGCAGUCCAACGCCGAGGCCAUGGAGACGCUCCGGCGAGCCCUGCUGCACGCGAGGCCCAGCGUUCGCGGCAGCAUCUCGCUCACCAUCGCCAGGCGAACGGACAGUAUGGACAGCCUCGCUCGAUGGAAAGACGACACGCCGCCCAACGGCAACGAGUCCGGCAACACCACCAACAGCGUCGACAACAACAACAGCUCCCAAAACUUCAACACCGUCAUAUACAACACCGACAAAGAUAACAAACCCACCGACUACAACCAAAAUAAAUUCGACAACCACAAAGAGAGAAGCAUAGACAACGAACACAGAGGCAGCAAGAAACACGCGUCAAUAAUCACAAUAAAUAAUAACACGAGCUGGGUCUCCAAUCAAUCUGACGAUAGCAAAGGGUAUUUGGAAAGAGAGAAAGAUACGGUUCCUCACGAUCCUAAAAGAGAUAGCUUCGAGUGGAGUCGCCUGGACGGUUGGAAUCCUGUCAUAGAUAGACUGACCGGGUUAAGGAACGAGAGUUAUUAUAUGGCGACGCAAUUGGACGCGCCGGCGACGAACGGCCAUUUUAAGCCUAAUGUGGGACAUGUGCAUAUGUCACGGUCGCCGCCCGCGCACCAUAAUGUUAUUAUUGAAGAAGACUAUGGAACCACGACGAGAGGGAGCACUAGUGGCCCCGGCGAGUCGGGCAGCGAGAGCGGCCUGGGCUUCAGCCGCGACGCGGUGGGGCGCCGCUCCAUGUCGGAGAAGCGCCACGCCGCCAUGGACGCCAAGACCACCGGCACCUACAAGAAGAUCAAGGAGAUCAAGGCCAUGCACUCAUUACAAGUGGGACCGUCACUGGGAAUGCGGAAGUCGUCAAGUUUAGAAUCCCUACAAACAGCGAUACAGGAAAAUCAAAGGAAUCCUCGUAACGAGCCGAUAUAUGCGCGUGCGCAUCCACCGCUGAAGCACUGGCUGACGGACGGCGGGCGCGGGCCGGACGGCAUGGUGCGCGGGUCGCCGCACCACGCCUCGCUCUCGCACAAGAAGCCCUCGCUGCUUAAAUCACUCUCCAACAUGUUGCGAAUCGGCAAACCCCACAAAAAACCGGAAACGGAAAUAUACGGGAGAUCUCAGCCAGGCCGAGCUUCGGAAAAGUCGCUGUCGAGAGAAGCGCUAGAGCGGCACAACCGGGAUGAGAGACUAGAGGAGAACACGCACAACAAGCCCGAGGUCCAGGUCCAGCACUCGCGGCAGAGCAGCGGCGAGCGCUCCGAGCGCGCGCCGCCCUACCGCGCGCCGCCCGCGCGGACAGCGCCCGCGCACCAACACUCGCGGCAGAGCAGCGGCGAGCGCUCCGAGCGCGCGCCGCCCUACCGCGCGCCGCCCGCGCGGACAGCGCCCGCGCACCAAGUGAGUAAACCUCCUCGUGCAGGCCCGAGGUCCAGGUCCAGCACUCGCGGCAGAGCAGCGGCGAGCGCUCCGAGCGCGCGCCGCCCUACCGCGCGCCGCCCGCGCGGACAGCGCCCGCGCACCAAGCCCGAGGUCCAGGUCCAGCACUCGCGGCAGAGCAGCGGCGAGCGCUCCGAGCGCGCGCCGCCCUACCGCGCGCCGCCCGCGCGGACAGCGCCCGCGCACCAACACUCGCGGCAGAGCAGCGGCGAGCGCUCCGAGCGCGCGCCGCCCUACCGCGCGCCGCCCGCGCGGACAGCGCCCGCGCACCAAGUGAGUAAACCUCCUCGUGCAGGCCCGAGGUCCAGGUCCAGCACUCGCGGCAGAGCAGCGGCGAGCGCUCCGAGCGCGCGCCGCCCUACCGCGCGCCGCCCGCGCGGACAGCGCCCGCGCACCAAGCCCGAGGUCCAGGUCCAGCACUCGCGGCAGAGCAGCGGCGAGCGCUCCGAGCGCGCGCCGCCCUACCGCGCGCCGCCCGCGCGGACAGCGCCCGCGCACCAACACUCGCGGCAGAGCAGCGGCGAGCGCUCCGAGCGCGCGCCGCCCUACCGCGCGCCGCCCGCGCGGACAGCGCCCGCGCACCAAGUGAGUAAACCUCCUCGUGCAGGCCCGAGGUCCAGGUCCAGCACUCGCGGCAGAGCAGCGGCGAGCGCUCCGAGCGCGCGCCGCCCUACCGCGCGCCGCCCGCGCGGACAGCGCCCGCGCACCAAGCCCGAGGUCCAGGUCCAGCACUCGCGGCAGAGCAGCGGCGAGCGCUCCGAGCGCGCGCCGCCCUACCGCGCGCCGCCCGCGCGGACAGCGCCCGCGCACCAAGGAAUGGAAAGUGCCUGGGGACCAACGGGCCACUAUGUCAACUACGACGAAAUCCAACAAAACCUUAACGCGCGGCGUGAAAAGUUGAGCGAAGUGCAAAUAGGGCAGAUGAGGCGGCAGGUUCACGCGCAGAGGGCCAAAGUCGAGGAGGAGAGUCGUCGGGUAGGCGCUACCGCCGGCUACCACUCGCAGCGCUCCUGUAGAGACAGAGCCCCGCCCGGCGCGCGGCCGCAGUCCAACUACUACGAGUACGAGAGCGCGCCGCCCAAGCGGCCCGGCAAGCUCUCCCAUUACCACUGAAAAUCUGGGUAGUUUUUAGGCAAAAAGAAACCACUUCGUCGGUCGAUAACGCCCAAAGAUCCAGUUACAAAUCGUCCAAUUAUUGACAAUCGACAAAGUGGUACCGUCGGGCGCCACUCUCAGAGUACCGUAGUCCAAGUAGGUACUUGCGCCUAUUCAAAACGAUCCGGUAAUCUCCGUAUUGUGCAGUCAGACAAGGUACCACAUUGUCGGUUGUGAAGAUGUCAUUGAUAGAAAAAGAGGGCUGCAAUCAGUCGUAUUCCAAGGGAAGGGUGGCCCGAGCUAAGCUUGCAGAAACGCGGUCUCCACUGCGUAGGUUAAGAAAGCAACAGUUGUAUUGCUCUUGCAAAUCGAGCAAUACAGAUGGAGACAUCCCUUCAAUGUAGAACGCACAUUUAGCACCUGUUAUACCAUGCGGCUUAUUAAAAAUGUGUCCCUAUUAUCAACCAACAAAAUGGAGGGUUGACAAUUGUUUUAACAACCUUUUAUACCAGAAAACAAAAUAUACAUGACCAUGUUAAUUAAUUGUUAAGAUUUGAACACAGUAUGCUGUAUUAAAACAUCAUUAUGUUGUAUUUUUUGCCAUCUCAUUGGUCUAGAACCUAAGCAAUAGCAAUUGCAAAGUUGGCAAUUAUUUGCCAACUUUUGUUAUUCUAUAGGUAACUAUAUUUUUAAAUGUUACACAUUUAGAUAAUCAUUGUUUUUCAUAUGUUGUAGUUUGCUUGGAAAAAAUAGGUAAGAUUCAAAGGCUCAAAUGGCAAUAAUAUAAAAAGAUCCCUUAAAAGGGAUAUAUUUGUGUUGAUGUUAUUAUGAAUUAUGAAUCUAAACAAUAGUGUUCACAUAGGUACAUAAAUACUUAGUGUUGAUUCCAAGCAACGGGUACUUUCGGCUAGAAGCUCCUGCUACAUUUACAAGAAUUGACGAUAAAAAAGAAGGUAUCAUUAAUCAAUGGACAAUUGACUAAAAGACUACCACAUUGUCAUUACGAGUAGCUAAGGAAUAUUACAGGUAGUAGGUAUUUAGUAAUCUCGUUUCCGUUCUACAUUUGCUACUUUUCAAAAUGGCCACAAAUACCGAUACCAGAUCUCCUUGAACGCUCACGUGAUCUCGUGAUUCUCACACGAGCAACAAUCCUUUGGGUUUUUCUGCCCGUUGUCUAUUAUUAAAAUGUUAAUUGUCACCGUUUAUUGGUUCAGUGGUCUGCAAACCUGACUUUGAAUAAGUAGUCACAUAAUGAUUACCUAUAGGGCGAGAUUGACCUGUUACCUCGUGACUAGGUACCUCUAUUAUAAUUAAACAGUCAUCGUAAUAAUUAUGUUUUUUUAUUCGAUUGUUUCAAGGAAGUAUUAUAGGUUUUUAUAAUAAGGACAUGGAAUUGUAUAAACAGGAAAGGGCAAGUCUUAUUGUUUUUUAACUUGAAAAAUACGAUAGUCUACUUAAUAUCCUGAAUUCGUCAUAUGAUCAUGUCGGGGCGAACAUGACCAGUAGGCCUAGCACAGGAGCGGCGCGACAUUACAUAAUCUCGCCCGCGAGAUAUACUAUACUACCCGCCCCUCUCUAAUUAAUACAGUUAGAAUAUAACUAUUCUUAGAAAAUCUUUUCUUGGUGAGUGCGGUAUGCGAAAUGCAUACCAUAGACUUCGGUAUGCAGAAUGCAUUCUGACAUGCAUAUAUGCAUAUCUAUGCCUGAAUGCAUUUUUAACCGUUGAGCACCAACGGCUGGCAUAAAAAUAAUGUCGCAUCUAUAAUGAAUAUAAUGAUCUUCAUAAAUUUUAUUCUGUUAAAUAUUUAUGCGUGGAAUACAACAACAUUAUUUUGGAAUUAUUGAAUUCCAUGCAUUCAAUAAUUCAAAGAUGGUAGGAUUAUUUUUAUGAAAACAACGUGUAACUACUAAACUGCCUAGGCAUUAAAAAAUAUUAAAAAAUAUUUUGCGUUAAAAAUGUAGAGUAAGGCGGUUAUCACACAAACUAUUUUCGGAUGCAGUUAACCGUCUUAAUUCGUAAAGAGUUGGAACUUUCAGGUUUUCACUCAAUGUCAAUUGAGACUUUAAAACGAAAUGUUGCUGUACCUAUAGUUGUCGUUCGCCUUUAUUAAAAAAAUAUUACCACGUCGAACGAAACGACCUCAUAAAGUUUGUUACAUAAAAGUAAUUUAGUAUUAUCUCCUUAUGACCGCAAUAACGACAUCGCGUGAGCGCUUCCGGUUAGACCCGUAGCGGACGUUGUGUCACGUCACUGUGAUCUUUUAUAUUUUAUUUUUCUGAAAACGAUAUGUUCGGCUAUGUCCCCAUGUAGACACGUAGGUACUCGAAAUGCUGUCUCCGUGGACUAAACGUGCUCGAAUCGAGCAAUAAUCUCAAGCAAGUUUGUCCGGGGAGACGGUCUUUUAAUAGACAUCCUCAAUGUUAUGGUCGGUUUUAGUCCUCACGAAGCUCGGUCCUGUCGUUUCGUCCUAGCAAAGAUAGAUAUAACUCCGUA